AUGCGUUCAAAGUGGUUCUCCCAGGAAGAAAUUGGUCCAGGAUCAAAGAUAAAGCUAAAUAACGAAUGGGUCGUCCAGGAGGCUAUCAGCGAGCACACCUUCCAACACGACCACGAUGACUACCUCGCUAGGGUUGGGCCAGCUUGGACAGCCAUACGCCUUCUUGUUGAGAAGAAAGGUUCGCGCACCAAGGCGUAUAUGCGCAUCUAUAAGCAGAUAAUGAACGGGGGCACGGAAGCCGAGUCGGCCAGGAUGCGAGCUCGGCAAGCUAAUACUUCGUGGUGUCCAGUUGAGCUAAAGGUGUACAGGUCACUUCCGAAGAAGCGACCUCUCAUUGUACCGCGUCUCUUAGAAGAACGAGUGGCCAAGCAAGACGAAAGUGGUUCCGUGCCAGGCGGCUUCCUGAUGUACAUUGUGUGGGAGAUAGUGCCGGGGAUCCAGCUCGGAGAUCCUUGUGGUUCCAAGGUCUUCUGGACACUGGAGCGAUCUGAGAGAGACGCCAUCCGCGAGAAGUUCAAGGAAGGCCGAAUGAAGCUGUAUGACUGGGGAUUCGACCCUGCUCCUGGGUGCGGUCAGAAUCUCGUAUGGCACGCCCAGACCUCAACCCUUUACUUCGUUGGGUGGUUUUUAGCGUACGAAGGCGUUGAGAAGAAACCAUGGGCUCCGAGAUCCUGGUAUUUCUGGGAUUUGACCCGUCCUGCCACGGAUAGCGACCAUUCGAUGACACCGGAUGAUACAUGGACUUGGUAG